CAAAGGGAUUAGCCAUCUUUGCUGUACUUUUUGCUUGUACCCAAAUCUAUCUUUGACUACAAAAAAAGCGUUAUAUCCUCGGAAGAUGCAUAGUGGGAAGAGACCUCUUUCACCGGAAUCAAUGGCCGGAAAAACAGAAGAGAAAGAAGAGUUGGGUUCUUGCUCAACUUUGUCAGAAUCUGAUGUGUCUGCUUUUGUUUCUGAACUCACAGAUCAACCCACCCCACCAUCCGUAAAUCAAUCUUCAUCUCUUACUCCUCAAGAACAAAGUAAUGCGAGACAACGAAACUAUAGAGGUGUGAGACAAAGACCGUGGGGAAAAUGGGCAGCCGAGAUCCGUGACCCGAGCAAGGCAUCUCGCGUGUGGCUUGGCACGUUCGACACUGCAGAAGCAGCAGCCUUAGCUUAUGAUAAAGCUGCAUUUGAGUUUAGAGGUCAUAAGGCCAAGCUUAACUUCCCCGAGCACAUUCUUACCAACUCCACUCGUCCCUAUCCAUCGACCGAUACUUCCCAUGACCGCAUCACCGUAAUGCCACCUCCAGCUAUUGCUCCUGACAUACUUCUUGAUCGAUAUGGCCAGUUUGAUUCCGCAAAUAUCGAUUCAGUUGCCAACUUUUCAAUGAAUAUGUCCUCUUCCUCGUCUUCGUUGAAUCAACAAGAGCAUAUACCUAAAGUAGAGGAUGGUAAAAGCGUGAAGGAUGUUAGUAUUCAUAAAAGAAGAAAAUAGCAUACCAAUGCUUCAGUGGUACGUAUAUAUAUGCCUAUUAUGACUCUUCUGUUCAAAAGCUAGCAUGACCGGAUCUGAGGUUAAGGGGCUAAAACGCAUUAACCAUCGAUGUAAAGAGUGAAAAAAUGCAUUUAGGAAUUAGGAUUUAGGCCUGGUGGAUGAAAGAUAACCUUUUGGGAGUCUGGGACAUGAACAUGAUAGAAGAGAUGAAGAUGACUUGGGAGAUAAAGAAAGAUGUCUCGUACACAUUCUAAUUAAUCGGUCGAAACAACCAAUCGAUUAACGGAUCACCAUAGGAAAUGGAGAGAGUGAUAGAGACUGCAACACACCUUGAUCCAGCAGCUGCAGUGAAAUGUUAUUGUAGAAGAAUAAUCUCAAAACCUCCGACACUAUUCUUCUACAAGCAUACUUUAAAUUUUAGUUAUGUUUCCCUUUAUGUGUUGUCGUUGGAUUAGAAAGCUGCAUGCAUUCAUUAUGUGGCGUUAUCACUUACUUAGUAUUAUCUUAUUGCUAUGUUCUCA